GAUGCUUUUUCAGGUUUGAUUUAUGGAGGGAUAUGAGAUUGAGAGAGAAAGAAAGAGAGUUUGGUCGAAGGAGAGAAGAAGCCACCAUCGGAGGUGGUGGUUGUAAUGAAAAUUAUUCUUGCCGAUUUGGGCUUGUUUCAGAGGGAGAACACCACUCGAAUAUUGGCUCUGGCAAGGGAUAAAGAUCUUGGAUUGAAGAAUGUGAGGCAUUUUAUUGUUGAUGAGUGUGAUAAGAUGCUAGAAUCACUGGACAUGAGGAGAGAUGUGCAGGAGAUCUUCAAGAUGACUCCUCAUGACAAGCAAGUUAUGAUGUUUUCAGCAACUCUCAGUAAAGAGAUCCGCCCUGUUUGCAAAAAAAUUAUGAAAGAGCCAAUGGAAAUUUAUGUUGAUGAUGAGACCAAGUUGACUCUUCACGGUCUUGUACAGCACUACAUUUUAUUGAAGGAGGCAGGGAAAAAUCGCAAAUUGAAUGACUUUCUUGAUGCAUUGGACUUCAAUCAGGUUGUCAUUUUUGUCAAGAGUGUGACCAGAGCUGCUGAGCUGAACAAGUUACUUACCGAGUGUGACCAGAGCUGCUGAGUUGAACAAGUUACUUUGUUCAUGAAUUUUACUUUUAUUUUUCAUAUUUUUAUUGUAUGGGAAAAACACUUAGAUGGCAGUUUUUUGCUCUGUCAAGUUGAGAUUAACAGACAAACAAUCGUGUAAUAUUUUCCACACAAAGGUGAUAUAA